AUGUUCAUUGGACCAUACCACAUCAUUGAGCGAGUCGGUAAGGUAGCUUAUCGUAUUGCGUUGCCACCUUUUCUUUCCAAGAUUCAUGACGUGCUACACAUGUCACAAUUGAGGAAGUACAUCCCUGAUCCCUUUCAUAUUAUCAAGGAAGACGAUAUGCAGAUUAGAGACAACUUGUCUUUUGAAGUGAUGCCAAUAAGGAUCGAAGAAUGUAGGAUCAAGCAGCUAAGGAACAAGCAGGUCCUUUUGGUGAAAGUAAUUUGGAAUCAAGUCACUGGCGAUGCCACUUGGGAACUAGAAGAGAAGAUCAAGGAGCGGUAUCCGGAACUCUUCGUUGAGGUUUAA